CCGACGGAUAGAACGUCUAUCCAAAGCAUCAUCCAAGUCCGUGUAUCCGUACAUACCAUGUACGUAAGUUCAUCGUUAGCGUGGCUACUGUGCGUGGCCACCGCCAUUGGCCCCGGUGAAGCGAUCGUCGGUGGCAUCCGUUCCGCCGUUCCACCGCUCGACGAUCCGGUCGUGUUUGUGCGCGUCGGUGGUCGAGCAGCACGCGUCGAAGGCACACGGAACCGUGCCACCGGUCUUUACUCCUUCCGGGGCAUCUACUACGCCGAUCCACCAACCGGUGAGUACCGGUUCACGCGAUCCCGUUUCCGGCAUCUGAGUGGCGAUGUAAAUGCGACACGCAACGGACCACCCUGUCCUCAGCCGGAUCCAACCAAUCCGUACCGUGUCGUCGGUAACGAGGAUUGUCUGCUGCUCAACAUCUUCACACCCCAGAUGCCGGACGAGACGACGGGUUUGCCGGUGGUUGUGUGGAUCCAUGGUGGUGGUUAUCGUUACGGGUCCGCCUCCCAGUACGGUGCCGAACCGCUCACCUCGAACGGAGUGAUCUUUGUACCGAUCCAGUACCGGCUCGGUUCGUUCGGUAUGAUCGGCGAUGGAAGCCGGGACUUUUCCGGCAAUCUGGCCCUGCUCGAUAUGGCAACGGCCGUCCGCUGGGUGAAGGAUUAUAUCGGUUGGUUCGGAGGAGAUCCGGCACAGAUUAAACUCGUCGGUCAUGGUUCAGGUGCGACCGCGGCCAUGGUUCUGGCGUCUUCCACGAUGGCACGCAGUUCAGUGACCGGAGUGGUCGCCAUGUCCGGUUCGUCACUGCAACCGAACGCUUACGAAGUGGAACCGGUCAUGGCGUAUAAGGAGGCCACCGGGAAGCACCGUUGCAUGGCCGGCAAUGAGACGGAGGUGGUCAAGUGUCUCCGGAUGCACACGACCAACGAGAUCGUGUUGAUGGAUAAUGAGCUGCAGACGGAUCGGUUCCACGGUGAGAAGCUCAUCAAUGGGAUGACACCGAACGCGGGCGUAAAUCCGAUCGUUGAGGAGAAGGAUGAUGGCCGCGGAUUGCCCGGAUUAUUAACCGAUAAACCGGAAACGAUCCUGAGCGAGGGGGACAUUCCGAAAAUUCCGCUGCUGAUCGGUGUGGCCAAGGAUGAGACGGCGAAUGCGAUCGAUGUGAAGGAAGUCCAAUCGGUGUUCAAGGGUGCCACGAACUUCCUGCGCAAAACGAGCUCACUGGUCGGACUGGACGCUUUCCUGAACGUGGAGAAGCAACUGUCGGGCCUGGAUACGGUCGGUGGCGUGCUGAAGUUGGACAAAUACCUCGAAGUACCGAAUGGUCUCGACCCAACGGUGGUUCUGGGUAAACUCAUCGAAGCAACGACCGAUGCCAUAUUCAAUCUUCCGGCCGUUGUGUCCGCCCAAGCGUGGAGUAAAGCUUCGCAAGCUUUCAUGUACAGCUUCGAUUAUCGAUCCGAGAGUACGCGUGGUAAGGACUUCCUCGCCGGACUACCGAUCGUCAACAAGAGUGGCACAAACGGGGCACCUCCCGAAGCGGUAGCACAUGGGGACGAGCUGGGUUUGCUGUUCGAUACGCAGGAUCUGUUCGGCAAUCCGGUACCGACGGCUAAGAUCACCUCACCCAAGGAUCAGAACGCUCGGAAGUCUUUCGCUUCGUUUAUCGCAAAGUUCGCUUACCUCAACACGAGCAGCAUGCAUCAGGAUAACGUGUUCAAGACAUUCUCCAGCAAGGGUACACCGUUCGUGAAGAUCGGCGAGAAGAUCACCGUGGACAAUGAUUUCCGCUUCUGUCAACUAUCGCUCUGGGGAGCACAGCUCGAGUCCCUCAAGUCCAUCUCGUGCUCCUUCCUUGGCCAAGGGUUAGGAUCGGUUAGCAAAGUGGUCGGCAAUGUGCUGCCACCGAAUCCGGUGUCCGGAUUUCUGUUCGGUGGCUAGUUCGUGGACUCCCGACAGCUCUACUACAUUCCGAUUGACUGUUUGGCGCGAUCACGUCGUAAAGUCUGUACUUUAUGCCGAGCUGGCACAUAAACUUCGCGAACUGCGUGGUUCUAAUAAAGGUUCUUUCCACAC